AUGGCCGGUGUCGCGAGAUACCUUGAAGGACAUGUUUAUAAUCGAUUAAAUGAAUUAGUUGAUUUUCAUGAGAAGAAAUAUCGUGGCAAAGUUUUUGGUCUUUAUUUUACAGCACUUUGGUGUGCACCAUGUUGUGGAUUUACUCCGGCAUUAGUGGAUUUUUAUAAAAAAUAUGGUAAAGAAAAAAAUUUCGAAAUUAUUUUCGUUAGUUCAGAUCAUGAUGAACGAUCAUUUGAUGAAUAUUAUAAGAAAAUGCCAUGGUUAAAAUUGGAUUAUCAAGAACGAAGAAAAAAAGAGAGAUUAGCAAAGAAAUUCAAAGUGACGGGUAUUCCAACAUUACUUUUAAUUGAUGGUGAUACUGGAAAUAUUAUUUGUCCAGAUGCAAUUGAUCAAGUCUUAGAAGAUGAUCCUGAAGGAAAAUAUUUUCCAUGGAAACAAGAAUAG